GCCUGUGAGAGAAGAAUUAGAGCUUAUAGACCUUCAGUUCUCUCUGGGCUUUCAGCACUUUUGAUCUGAUCACCUACCCUAAGGACAGUCAGAGACAGUCAACCCCACAUUUAUCAGGUUACUGAGAAUUUGCAGCAUCAUCUUUGACAGGUGGACCUUUUUUUUAAUCCAUUUCACUGUCCGCAAAACACAGAAGAAUUUUGGCAAAAUUUCUCACCUUCCGGAAAUUGAGAGGAAAGGGGAAGAGACAUGGGCAGUGGAGCAAGUGCUGAGGACAAGGAAAUGGCCAAAAGGUCCAAAGAACUGGAAAAGCAGCUACAGGAAGAUGCAGAUAAGGAAGCAAGGACAGUCAAGCUCCUUCUGCUGGGUGCUGGUGAAUCAGGGAAAAGCACUAUUGUAAAGCAAAUGAAAAUUCUCCAUCAAGGUGGUUACACAAAAGAAGAACAAAUUGCAUUUACAGCCAUUAUUUAUGGUAACAUCCUGCAGUCUGCACUGGCCCUCAUCAGAGGCAUGGAAAUGCUUGGCAUUAACUACGCAUCCCCCGCAUCACAGGAAGAUGGUCAGAAACUGCAGAACCUAGCAGAUUCGACUGAAGAUGGCACAAUGCCCAAAGAGCUGGCGGAUGUCAUUAAAAGUCUGUGGAAGGACAUGGGUGUGCAGGCUGCCUAUGAGAGAGCAGCUGAGUUUCAGCUCAAUGACUCUGCUGGCUACUACCUGAGUGACAUGGACAGAAUUUGUAGCGAAGACUACGUCCCAUCAGAACAAGAUGUGCUGAGGUCUCGAGUGAAAACCACAGGUAUCAUUGAAGAACAGUUUUCCUGCAAAGAGCUUUACUUCAGGAUGUUUGAUGUGGGCGGACAAAGGUCAGAGAGGAAGAAAUGGAUCCACUGUUUUGAAGGUGUGACCUGCAUUAUCUUUUGCGGAGCUCUGAGCGCUUAUGACAUGGUGUUGGUAGAGGAUGAUGAAGUGAACCGCAUGCAUGAGAGUCUCCACCUAUUCAACAGCAUCUGCAAUCACAGGUUCUUUGCAAAAACAUCGAUUGUGCUUUUCCUCAACAAGAAAGAUCUCUUUGAGGUUAAGAUCCAGAAAGUUCACCUGAGUAUUUGCUUCCCUGAAUAUAAUGGUCCAAACACGUAUGACGAUGCCAGCGUUUACAUCAAGAAGCAGUUUGAGGAGCUGAACAUGAAGAAAGGCGAAAAAGAAAUUUACUCGCACAUGACCUGUGCCACAGACACAAGAAACGUGGAAAUUGUCUUCAAUGCUGUGACAGACAUCAUCAUCAAAGAAAACCUUAAGGAUUGUGGACUGUUUUAAAAAAAACAACAUAAUGGCCAUGUUGUUCAGGUAGGUGGAAAUGAUAAAUUAGGAAAAUGGCAUGGCAGGUUGUGCUGUUUCAGAAAAAUAACAAUGAGGUGCUCUGAUUUCACCAAACACCAAGCAAAGUUACUGUUACUACCACAAUUUUUUUUUUUUAUGUUUUAUUUCACUUCCACCUCAGCAAUUUGCCAAGAAUUGAUUGUUUAAUCAAUUGAAAAAAUGGAUUGUCAUGCUCUUUUUUUUUAUUUUGUGUAGAUUGUCAUAUAAACCUAUGAUUUGAAUGACUUCCAUUAUUGUUAUGGAAUGCAAAAAUACUUCUUGCUUAAAACAUACAUCAUAAACUUCUGCUCUAUCCAGACCUUUUGCUUUAAUCCCAGAGAAAUGACUAUGAAGACUCGCAAAACGCACGAUUGUAAUCCCUACUGCAAGAUGGCCUUCAUAAAUAAUCGACAUGUUGCACUCUUAAGGCUCAGUGAACAGUCAAGACCCGUGUUUCCAGUAUAGUUGGAUAAUUUAUGUAAAUCAAUUGUCUGAUGUACAGUCAUAAGGACUUUCUCUCAAUAGGAUCAACAUGCUGUACAAGAUGCAAACCACCCUUUCUCCUCUAAUUUAAUAAUAUUGUAGGGGGUUAAGUUGUAAAUAAGAUUUCAGACUUCUAAAUAAAUAUGUUUAAAGACUUAACAAAAGAGUAGCAAAGCUGUGGUUUGGAAUUGUUUUAAUGCUGUGAUAAUGUUCUGGACUAAAAAUGUAGGAACAUGAAAUAAACAUGUGCAUCAACUCCA